UUUUAAAUUUUGAAUUAAAGAUUGAAAAUUUUAAAGUUACAGAUUUUAAUAGUUAACUAAAUAGAUCAAUGUUAAUUGGUAUGUUGAAUUGAAAGAUAUAUCGAUCAUCUUCUUUUUACAUAUUUUGCCCCUAGCAAAGUGAUCAAGGCCUUUUAGAAUUCAAUAAUUUGGUGGUUUUUUCUUUCCCCACCAAGUUUUGUCUCUAAUAUAUUAUCAGUUGCAGAACAAGUGUGAGGAGAUUACUAAAUUAAAGGCUAAAUACAAAACUCUGCAACUUACUCAAAUGUUAUAUUGUGGCUCUAUGUCAUGCAUAUUUAGGUUGGAUUAAUUCAGCUUUCCUUUUUAUUGUUUGUACUUUUAACUAAUUUAUAUGCUCUAUAUAUAUAUUCAGGCAUUUGCUUGGAGAAGAUCUUGGGGGACUUGGUGUGAAAGAGCUGCAAAAUCUUGAGAAACAACUUGAGGGAGCUCUUGCAUUGACCAGACAAAGGAAGACACAGAUUAUGAUAGAAUAAAUGGCACAACUUCGGCAAAAGGUAAUUAAGCUACAUUGUUGAGGAAGAAAGAUAUUAUUUGAGGGAGUACUUAAUUGUACUAUAACUAUGUCACAUUCAAAAUUAUUAUAACUAAGUUUUGAUUUUAAAAGUGAUUAUAAUAUUUCCUAACAUUCUUUGUCAGGAGCGUCAGCUUGGCGAUCUUAAAAAGCAAUGAAAUUCACGGUUUAAAAUCUUCAAAUAUGUGUGACUGUAAUUACUCAAUAUUGUUUUCUUCCUUCUAUAUGUUUUGAGUUUUCCAUUCCAGCUGAAUGCAGAAGGACAUAGUUUCAGAACAAUCCAAGGCUUAUGGAGUUCUGGUGCAGCAGCUGGAAGUAGCAACUUCCCUAUCCAUCCAAAUUACCCCAACUCUAUGGACUGUGAUACUGAACCUGUCUUACAACUGGGGUACCAUCACUAUGUUCAGGCUGAAGGUUAAUAUGUUCCGAAAUGCAUGGCUGGUCAAACCAACUUCAUCCAAGGAUGGGUCCUCUCAGCAAUCUAAACCAAAACAUUAAUUAAUUAGCAUGGUAACUCUAAGUAUUAUAUUUAUUGGUAAGAAAGUAUUGUUUUAUAAAUAAGGAUUAAGAGUCGAAUCCUAGGGUUAAUACUUAAAAAAAUUAAUUUUUUUAAGUGCAACAAGCCAAUGUAGAGAUGCACCCUUCCUCUUUGUUUGGAUUGAUAGAUUUGGAGGGAGAGAGGAGAGUGAGAGGCAGAUGUCUCCCUUACUUUGUUUUUCUUAUGGAGAGGGAGGGAGAUGGAGGGGUGAUAAGCCUCCUCCAGUCCUUUGUUUUUUUUUUCCCUCCAAAUAUUUUAUUGUAUAUUUAAAAAAAAUUUUAAUUACAUAAAAAUAUUUUGUUUUCCUCUCCUCUACUUUCAUCUAUUUAAACAAGAUUAAUAUCAACUUUUCUCUUCCCUUCACUUCUCCUCCCUCUCCUUCUUUUCCCUUUACUAAUUUUUAUGCAAAACAAACCCUUACGGUAUGUUUAGUUCGGGGGAUGGGAGGAGUAAAAAUUCCUCUUAUUAGCAAAAAAUUUGGAGGGGAAGGGAAUUCUUUAUUUUAUUUUUGCAAAUGAAAGGAGGGGAAAGGAAAGAAAUAGAAGGAUGUUAUAUUAUUCCAUUUCCCUCUCCUUUCCUCUAUUUUUCUUAAACUAAAUACACUACUAAGAUUACU